UAGCGACACAGCUUGCUCGAGGAAGCGAAAAGUUAAAAAAAAUAUAUAGAAAUUAAUUUAUUUAAAGAUAAAGAAACAAAAAAAAAACUCAGAAAAUUAAAGAACAAGCAAUGAAGUGUCGAGGAAUAAAAAUUUUAAUUUUAUUGACAUUUGUGAUAUCAGAAAGUGUACAGGAAGAGGCAACCGUAUCAUGCACAAGAGACUCACGAUUAUUUUUCGGUUCGGAUCGAUUUUAUUCGAAUGCAGUUAAAUAUAAAUGCACAUUCUCGAAUGUUAAUUCGUUUGAUGAUAUGAAGACUUCUAUAGCUUCACAAACUAUAAGUCCAACAAAUAUCAUUUCAAUAUCGUUUAAUCAGUCAAACUUAUCAGAACUUCCGGACCGUGUUUUAAAAGAUUAUUCAAAUUUGAAAUCAUUUGAUGGAAGCAACUUGAGGCUUGACACAUUAAGUUCAAGUUCAUUUGGAAAUUAUCCCGUAAUGGACCUCAUCAAUUUGUCCUUCAAUCAAAUCAAGUCCCUGACCACAAAAGUCUUUGCAAACAAGAAAAUAAAGUCAUUGGAUUUAUCAAAUAAUUUAAUAGAUUCUGUGGACGAAAGUGCCUUUACUGGAAGUGAAAUUGAUAGAAUCAACUUGUCAUUCAAUAAGAUUAAGGAUGUCGCGUUUGUGACUUAUUUUAAAUUCUUUAAUGUCCUGCAAAUGAAUAAUAAUGAAAUUGAGAGAUUUGAUCAAGUCAAGUUGACUACCUCUAGUUGGGGUGGGCUUAGAGAAGGCUUCCUGAUUGCACAAUUUCCAACAAUUAAUUUAGGAAACAAUAAAUUAAAGAAAUUUGAAUGCAGAUCGACAAUCAAGUUUAUUCUUAUUGAACUUAAAAACAAUCAAAAUUUAAAGGAACUAGACCUUGGCGAAUGCAUGAUUAACCACCUAGACGUCUCAGAUUGUGAGAAUUUAAAGAGCGUUAAAUUGACUGAUAACCUUGUUGGAUUUACUGCGCAAAAUGUGAAAUUCGACGAACUAGAUCUCACAAAUACUAAAUCACUAGUUUCUUUAAAGCUCAUGAACAAUUCUAUAAGUAUUGACAUGGUGAAUUCGAUAAUGAAAUUAGAGAAUUUGACAACGCUCGACAUUUCGAGGAACUCAAUUGGCCCAUUGAACAUUUCAACAUUUGCAAAAUUAAAGAAUUUGUCAACAUUGGGACUGAAAUCAACAAACAUAUCCAAUAUUCAAUUUGGAACGUUCUCGCAUCAAACAAAUGUCAGAGUGUUAGACAUUUCCGAUAAUAAUUUAGGAAGUUUUGAUAUGCAAAUGAUAUUUUCCAUGAAUAGUCUAACAUACCUCGAUGUAUCCGGCAAUGAACUAAUUGAAUUGUCCAAUAUUGAGGCUGCACAUAAUACAUUCGCAUUGCUGGAGAAAAUUGAUUUAACAAAUAACAAAUGGACGUGUAACUACCUUAUCAAGUUAAUUAAAAUAAUGCGUGUGUAUCGUGUAACACUUAUUCAGUCGUCAAUUGAAGAGCACCGAUCAAAUAUUAAUGGAAUUUAUUGUAGACAUGUAGAUGGUGAUGAUAGCAUUGUCGAGCCACUAACACCAAAUCAAUCUAAUAUUACAGACAUUCGUGAUAAAAUGAAUGAAAUUGUCAGUCAGUUGACGAAAGAGUCUCAAUACAGGAGUGCAAUGGAGGCAAGUCUAAUAGCACUCGAGCGGCGUAUUGAUAAUCAAGUGUCAAUGAUAGCAUCAAAUGAAGCUCUUCGUAAUGUUAGAGGCAAUGAUACACAAAAUAUUGAAGUCAAAAAUGGCACACUUUUUGAAAUGACACUUAUCGUUGUCUUUUGCUGCUUUAUAGUCUUUCUGUCAAUGAAAAUUAUCGUUUUUGUCAGGACUAAUGUACUCAGUAAGCCGAGGCCUAUGAGAAUGGGAUUAUCAGAAAAUACUUUAACGAUGAAUGUCGAUGAUUAUUAAGACUUUGUCUGUGCUUUAAUUGGACGAGAUGGAGGUCGCAAAUUGAGAUUUAAUGACAUACUUUUUUUUCGCUCUCGUACUUUUUUAAAUCAGUGAAUAAA